AUGAUACCUACGGUAAAUCUUCGAGCAGAUCAUAAACGGUACUUUACUAAUCCAUGUGAACUCGACGCUGCGGCUGUAGCCAAGUUUGCUACAGAUGAAUGGCUGGAAAAGUGGAUUCUGGAGCUAACGUUACGGCUGACGGCUAGGCCAGCAAGGAAAGAUGAGAUUGAGGAUGGUAGGUUAAUAUUCUAAAUAGUAUUCAAAAGUUGUUUAUGCCAUGUUUAAUGUCUGUUUUUAGUUUACUGUGGGUUUUUAAGUGCGUAAGAUACGUCAAUUUAAAUUUGCAGCUGGACCAUACACAGGAUGUGGGGGAGUUGGCUUCUCGUUACUUAAAGCUGCCCAAGCCAUCCCAGAAAGGCUGGCACAGUCAGUACAAGCUUGUACUGAGAUGCUGAACAACCAAUUUGAAUAUGCAAAGGUAUUUUUAAAUUAAUGAAAAAAAAACUAGUUUUAAGAUCUUUGUACUUACAUGCAUUCUAAGAAUAAAAAUGUUGUAAUUGUUUAAAUUUUACAACUUUAGAAUGGCUCCAGAAGCCGACAUUCUCGCUAUCUUUGUGGUACUCUUGGUCUCUAUGUGAUACAGGCCAUUAAGGAUCACAUGUCAGGAAGGUCAGUAUGUCAUUACAAAAGCCUUUUCUCUGGUUUUGUGGAAACUGUAUGCUCGAAAGGCUAUCAGAGAUACGGCGAUGACGACAUACUAAAUGGUCGUGCUGGGUUCUUGUUAGGUGCUCAGAUGGUGUACAAUGAGACUGGAGUGCAUAUGUUAACGGAAAGUGAAGCCAAGGCAGUAUUGCGAGCCUUACUGGACUCUGGAAGAGAAUAUUCUACGGAACAUAAUAGUCCUACACCACUGUUCUACGAAUGGCACGGUAAAGAGUACCUUGGAGCGGCUCACGGUAUCUCCGGGAUUCUACAGGCUUUCUUAACGUAGGUUUUUGUUUUUGAAGGUAAUAUAACUUUCUACUUUAUUCGAAGUGUGUUUAAACUGAGGUUGAAGCACUCAUUAAGAAUUGACCGGAAAUAGAGUCAGAUGGUGGACAAAUUUUCUUGUAGGUAUUGGCACUUCCUCGACGAAAAAGCCAGAUUUGAUGUUAAGGCAACAUUGGAUUGGUUUGUCGGUAUUCAAUCUCCAGAUGGCAACUUCCCAUCGUCCAGUGGCUACGUUGGAUACCCAAAAGGUGAAGAUGAACUUGUCCAUUGGUGUCACGGCGCACCUGGAGCCAUUCACCUGAUGAUAACGGGAAUAACUUUGUUUAACGAUGAGCGAUACCUCCAGAGUGCAAAGAGAUGUGCCGACUUAAUAUGGCACCGUGGGAUUCUGAAGAAAGGGCCUGGAAUCUGUCACGGUGUGGCUGGGAAUGGCUAUGCUCUUCUGUUGUUGUCGAGAGUUGUCAACGAUCCCCAGUUGUUGUUGAAGGCUAAAGCGUUCGCUGUGAUCAUGAUGGACCCCAACUUUGAGGUACUGUAUCAUUUUGAGGCUUAGUUGUGUAUGGGCGUGACGUUACGGUACUUUUCCUAAUGUAAUAUGACAUUUCAGUCCUUGUCAAGUGUCCCAGACUCACCGUUUUCUUUGUUCGAAGGCUGGGCUGGUGCUUUGUGUUACCUGGUUGACCUGCGUAACCCUGUUCGUGCUCAAUUUCCUCUUGUUCCCACCAAACUCAAGUAA